AUCCCAACUUUGGAAUUUCAAAUUGUUGGAUUAAAUUAUUGGUUUGUUGUGGAAAUUAAAUAUGAUUCAAAGGGCCGCACCUGCAUAUAUUCGUAAAUUGUUUGGAUCUUCAUCUCCGCAUCUGCAGGUUGAAUGUAGGUACUACACAGCUCAGGUUGCAACAUCUUUAAGACCUGGUGUUUACAGUGAUGAUGAAGAGUGCCCUGUUGUUGAUUGGGACAAGCUUGGAUUCGGAUUUAUGCCAACUGAUUAUAUGUAUAUAACGAAAAGUUGUGAUGUUGCUGGAAAUUUCGAAAAAGGGCAACUUAAUCGCUAUGUGAAUAUUCAACUCAGUCCAUCUGCUGGUGUCUUAAACUAUGGACAAGGUUUGUUCGAAGGAACAAAAGCUUAUAGACAAGAUAAUGGAGGCCUCUCUCUAUUCCGUCCUCGUGAGAAUGCCAUUAGAAUGCAGAUUGGAGCUGAAAGAAUGUGUAUGCCCUAUCCUUCAACAGAUCAAUUUGUGGAUGCUGUCAAACAAACUGCUCUAGCUAAUAAGCGAUGGAUUCCGCCUUCUGGAAAAGGCUCACUUUAUAUUAGGCCUCUGCUUUUUGGAAGUGGAUCGAUACUCGGCUUAGCUCCAGCACCUGAGUACACUUUCCUUGUCUAUGCUUGCCCUGUUGGAAACUAUUUCAAGGAAGGAACAGCACCAUUGAACUUGUAUGUCGAUGAAGACUUUCAUCGUGCCUCACGUGGUGGAGCUGGUGGAGUCAAAAGCAUUACUAACUAUGCCCCGGUUUUACGCGCCAUAAGGAAUGCAAGGGAGAGAGGAUUUUCAGAUGUACUGUACCUUGAUUCUGUAAAUAAGAGGUACAUUGAAGAAGUCUCGUCCUGCAAUAUUUUUCUUGUGAAGGGAAGACUGAUUUCAACUCCAAUAGCAUGUGGAACAAUUCUUGAAGGAGUGACCAGAAAAAGCAUUAUGGACAUUGCAAUUGAUCUUGGAUAUCAGGUUGAAGAACGUUUAGUCGAAGCUGAUGAAUUGAUUAGUGCUGAUGAAGUGUUCUGCACAGGCACAGCAGUUGGUGUUGCUCCUGUAGGUAGUAUUACUUAUAAAGGCCAAAGGAUUGAUUAUAAAAUAAAGUCAGAGUUAGUAUGCAAGAAACUUUACUCAACACUUGUAGGGAUACAAAAAGGGCAUAUUGAGGACAAGAGGGAUUGGAUUGUUGACAUUGAAUAAUUCUAGCUUAUAUAUGCAAUGUACUAAUCAUGUG